AAUUUUUUCAAAUUCACAAACCCAUUAGAAAAUUUAACCCAGCGUAAUUCGCAAGAGGGGCUGGCAGUGAUAUUUGAAGGAGAUUUCUCGCGAAACACUGCGCAGAUGAACGAGGAAAGCAAAUCCGACCAGAAGUCUCCGUCUCGUCGUCGCGAAGCUGGAGCGGCCUCCGUCGCGAUAUUCGAUCGAAUCGAAUCCGAUCGGAGCCUGUCGAAUCCGCCUCUGCACGAUCCAUACGCCGCCGCCGCCUCUUGAUUACUCCUUUGAAUCCAGCUGAAUCGCCGAUACCCGACGCCAGCAUGGGCUACGAAGACGAUCCGUACCGGGACGAGGAUGGCGAGCCCUUGAUGGACUUCGACGACAUGCCGUCGGAUCGGGAGCAGUCGCCCGCGCCGCGGCAGCGGCACGAUCACUUCCUCGACGACGGCCUCGAGGACGACGUCGGAGGGGACGACUGGAAGACCGGCCGCGACCGGUCGCAGACGCCGGUGUACGAUCGGGAUCAGUCCGAGUCGAAGUCGAGGCCUCGGAAGAGGUUGGUUAAGAAAGGCGCCGGGGGCAGUAAGGCCAGCGACUUGGGCCUGGAUGACUUCGCGGACGAUGACGAGGGUUUUCGCGGCGGAGGAGCUGGGGACUUUGCGGGGGAAAGCUCGGAGGAGAGGAGGUUGAAGAGGAAGAGUGGGAAGGAAGGUGGCAGUGGGAGGAAGGAGAAGAGGCACAAGGGGGAGAAGAGGCACGGGACGAAGUCGGGGAUUCCGAAGAAGGGCGCGAUUUAUCCGGGAAGAAGUUCUAGGGAUCAUGACGGGGAAGUUAAGGAGAUGUGGGAGACCAUCGCCGGCGGCGAUUCUGAGGAUGAUCAAGAUGGUGUUAGGACUCUGGACGAUGAUAAUUUUAUAGACGAUACUGGUGUUGAUCCUGCGCAAAGGUAUUACAUGGAUAAUGAACCAGCUUCUCCUAGUGAUGCUCCUCAGGCAGAGGAGGGUGAGGUGGAUGAUGACAUCAAGGAACUUUUCAGAAUGGGUAAAAAAAAGAAAAAGAAUGAGAAGAGUCCUGCAGAAAUUGCUCUGAUGGUCGAGAAUAUCAUGGCUGAGCUUGAGGUCAUAGCUGAGGAAGAUGCAGAACUUAACCGGCAGGGAAAACCUGCUAUCAAUAAGCUCAAGAAGUUGUCUGAAUUGACAGAUGUUCUCUCUAAGAAGCAGCUUCAGCAAGAGUUCUUAGAUCAUGGAGUCUUAACACUUUUAAAGAACUGGCUCGAACCUCUUCCUGAUGGAAGCUUACCCAAUAUAAACAUCCGUGCUGCAAUUUUACAGAUAUUGACUGAUUAUCCUAUUGAUUUAGAACAGUAUGAUAGGAGGGAGCAAUUGAAGAAAAGUGGCCUCGGAAAGGUUAUAAUGUUUUUGUCAAAAUCUGAUGAAGAGAUGACGUCCAACAGAAAGCUCGCUAAAGAUUUGGUUGAUAAAUGGAGUCGGCCAAUAUUCAACAAGAGCACAAGAUUCGAGGACAUGAGAAACUUGGAAGAUGAUAGGAUUCCCUAUCGAAGGCCGUCAGUGAAGAAGCCUGCCGGUAAAGAUACUGGGAUGGAGUCUAGAGACGGUGAUCUUGAUGCUGAUGUGUUCUCACGAGAGCGCAAAUCUGGUCAGUCAUCCUCUAGGCUGCAUGCGUCAAGGCCUGAAGCUACACCUUUGGAUUUUGUGGUGCGUCCUCAAUCUAAGAUUGAUCCAGAUGAAAUUAGAGCCCGUGCUAAGCAAGCCAUGCAAGAUCAAGAUCAGCGCCGACUAAAGAUGAACAAGAAGUUGCAGCAGUUAAAAGCACCGAAAAAGAAGCAGCUUCAGGCUACAAAGCUUAGUGUGGAAGGCCGUGGUAUGACGAAAUAUCUGUGAUAUGCAACCACUCUCUAAAUGAUCCGGAUGAAAUGUCCGCUGUUCAUUGGGAUGGAUGGGCCAAUAAGGGGGCAUAUUCAGAUGUGCACCUGCGGAUUUCAGAUUCUCAUACAUGGAAUCGGCGUCUUUUCCAUGCAUGCACAGUUAAUAUCAAAACUGAAAUAUCCUUUUCCAUGCAUGCACAGUUAAUAUCAAAACUGAAAGAUCCAUUUGUAAUUGUAUCUUCGAUUUGAAAGUAUUGUUUAAUUGACCAUUUGACAGAUGCCUUUGUUGGGGCGUAUAUCUGAUGCUUCGUAUUCUUAUGAGCCUUUGAGGACCUCAAAGUUCUCCGAGUAAUUUGAGAUUAGUUCUUUAAA